CUUCCUGUCUCCGUUACAUUGUGAAUUUCCACCUGCCCCCACUCUCUGCUUAUAAUGCACAACAUAUGAGCUUAGAACUGUUCAGUCUCCUUCUUCAGCAGUGGAUUAGUUGUGGCAGAGUGUCAUGCUGUUUCUCCCAUUUUGUACAGUUCAUCAGAGGUGAAAGAACUCUGGCUGAAGACCCUCCAAGGGCAGAGUCAAGAGAAGAGAGGAAUAAAGUUCAUCACCAUUCAAUCAGUCCAAGCUCUGAUGAAGGUGUUAAGUGGCUGCAAUGCUUCCAAAACACUAAAUGCCAAUGACAUGGAAACUUUAAUUGAGUGUCAGUCAGAGGGUGAUGUCAAAGAACACCACUUGCUGCCACAAAGUGAUAGUGAAGAUGGGAUUUGCCACCUGAUUGAAAAUAAGAAGAGAAAGGUGAUACCGUGGCCUUUCCCCAUGAGAAGGACAGCUUCUUCAUCAGACUCUUCUGGACCUUUAGCACCAGAAUGGAAACCUUCCCUAUUUGACCAGCCCUUGUCAAAAAUCUGCAAUGACGAUGAUGUCCUUCCCCAGCCCAUUCAGGAAAUUCUUAAUAUUCUUCGGAACAAAGGCCCCUCAACAGAAGGAAUAUUUAGAAAGGCUGCCAAUGAAAAGGCCCGAAAAGAGCUUAAAGAAGAGCUCAACUCUGGAGGAAUGGUCAAUUUGGAUACCAGACCUGUGCACCUACUGGCUGCAGUUUUUAAGGAUUUCCUCAGGAGUAUCCCCCUGAAACUUCUUUCAUCAGAUCUAUUUGAAGAAUGGAUGACAGCCCUAGAGAAGCCAAAUGAGGAGGACAAAAUUGAGAGCCUGAAACAGGUUGCAAAGAAAUUACCAAGAGCAAAUCUCCUUCUGCUAAAGAAUUUGAUAUGUGUGCUUUACUACAUCAGCAAGAAUUCAGAUGUCAGCAAGAUGGACUCAAGCAAUCUUGCCAUUUGUAUCGGACCCAACAUGUUGACCCUCAAAACUGACCAAAACCUGUCUUUUGAUGCUCAGAAAGAGUUAAACAACAAGGUUAAGACAUUGGUGGAAUUUCUCAUUGAUAACUGCUCUGAAAUAUUUGGAGAGGACAUCCCAGGGCAUUCCCCUAGCAUCACUUCUGAGGACUCAUUGGAGCACAUUGACUGUUCAGAUACAUCAACUUUGCAAAAUGACUCAGCUUAUGAGAGUACAGAUGCUGAUGCAGAAGGCAGCAACAGCACUGGCUGUCAAAACAAGCAGUCCCCAAGCACCAAAGGACCAGUCAGUGACUUGGACGAUGGAAAAUCUCUACAUGGGUCAAGGCCAGGGUCUGUUGUCUCUUAUGCCAAUUUACUAAAAAGCUCACUCAGCACUCAAGAAAGGAGGUAUUCAGAGCCCAGCAAGCCAUCCUCUAAAGACUGUCUUGAAAGCAGGAUCACAAGCCAGAAACUGACUAAGAGUGAGGAUAAUUUCAGCAUCCCUAAGGCAAGCUCCUGCUUUGAGAAACAAGAAGCUAAAGACUCAUUUCCAGAGAAGUGUUUCCCUACUCCACAGCGCAGGAAACAAAAAUCAUUGGGUCUUCAAAUAAAGGAAGGAACUUUAUGUUCAGAAUCAUCCGUUGAACCUUUCCCCCAAGCCUCCUCCUGUGGUUCCCUGGAUAGUUCCUCCGAUAGCUCCAUCUUUGCCAACUCACCGGUGGUUUCUCCGUCCAGUCCAAAAAGGAACUUUUUCACUAGACAUCAGUCCUUUACAACAAAAGCUGCUGAAGCAAACUGUGAGCCUACUAGGGAGAGAAAAAAGCACUCGAUGUCAUUCUCUUUUGCUACUCCCAAGAAGGUGCCAAACAAAACUCCAACUUGGAGCUCUGUCAGAGACCAGAGGAAAAAGGACCUCAAAAAAGAGAGCCAACUUAUUGGCAGAAUUGUCCAGAAAAACUGUGCCAAAGCUAUGGUUGACUACCAGCUGGCUCCAGAAUGUGGGGAUUCAAGGUCACAUCUUCUUUCAUAUAAAGAGGUGGGUCAGAACAUCCCUGGAAGCCCCCCCUCUUAUGAGGAAGCAGUCCAAUACUGUCGUAUUUCCAAAAUUCCUCCCUAUGGGAGCUGGACAAUCCAAAGUAUGAAAAAACAUGAUGGGCACAUCAAAAAUACAAAUGACAGAGAAAUACUCAACAGAGACAGUAUAUCAUCUGUGGGUGAAUCUUGUGCACUGAGUGGGGAUUACAGUGAAUCUGGGGAAAGGAAAGGACAAAUACCACGGUCUGAAUUUCACCGAUUAAGGGUCUUGUCCCAAUCUAUGCUAAAGAACAAACAGGAUUAUCUCAUUGGAAGGUGUAGUCAACCAGUCUUUGAGGUUGACCAGGUUCAAUAUGCCAAGGAAUCCUAUGUUUAGGGAGCCAGGUUAUAUACCACAAAAAACCCUCGGUGACUUCUGGAAAUAUAUGGGCUCCCUAUAAAGAACUGCUUCCAAAAACCUUCUUUCCUGAAGGUAAAGAAUAAGCUCCUUCUGGAAGUCCACAUAUGGUCCUCCUCAAAGAGAAUGUUUACCCCCCAAAAUUGUUAUUCAUGUCUGUAUAAAUCUGAGUAUGUGCAAUAUGUAAUAAAUGUAUAAACAGACUGUCCAUAAAGUAAAUACACUGAAGGAAUAGUUAUAUAUUGAGUGUUUGUGUUGUGUGUACAAAUAUUAUGCCCAAAAUGGCACUAAACUCUCCUUUUGGUUAGGAAGUUUGAAAAAAAAAAUCUUGCCUUUUCUUUAUGCAUGCCUUGGAGGAAAUGCAAAUUUUCUUAUUUUCCUAUUUCACCUGGAGAAAAAAAUCCAUUCCCCUGUUGGAAGUUCAACCCAAAAAAGAAAUUUUACAAUAACUAAUCACUUGGGAAGAUGAAGAGGACAGCUGAUAAAAAUUUAUUUUCAAUGGGCCAUUAAAAUUGGAAAAAAAUUUUAAUCUAUGGAAAAUAAUUAAAUGUUAUCCUUUUAACUAUCUCGUUGAUUUUGGGGAAAUGGAUGGAAGUGUGUUAAUGUUGCCACUGGCUCCCUGGUAGCACUUUUGAGUUUCUUUUUAUUACCAUGUUGUUUCCUACUGUUGGAUGUCAAUAUUUUGAAAUUUUAAAAUACUUGUUGAAGAUUGUUUGAAUUGUCAAUGAAAUGACACUACAAUAAAUCACCUUUUUCCUUUGAAAGCA